AUGUCAUAUAGCAAGAUGUACACCUCCCUGACUGAGGACCAACUUGAAAAGCGACUGAAAAUUGAAAAGUUUUGUUUCAAUCAUGAAACUAUUCGAAAUUUUGCACAAAUAACAAAAGGAGUUGGUCAGCUGGAAGAAGUUAGAAGGAACAUUCGUGAAGCACUGGAAGUGGAAACGAUUGAAGCCAGUAACCUGCGUCACAAAUUGAAUAAUCUUCCUAAUAAUCUAAAACAGCAAAUGACAGAUGCAAUUCUAGCUGCCCGCGAAUCAAAGGCAACACGCGUGAAAGAAUUGCAGGCCAAAAUUGAGACUUUGACACAACAAAUUGAAUCAUUGGAAAAGGAAUACAAUAGGCUGGAAAAAGAAAAUGCCUCUCUGUGUCCUGUACGACAAAAGGAAGGAGUACAACAUGCCGACGUUGUCGUCUUAUUAAAUGAUGUGAUGGACAAGCGAACCAGUGACCAAAUUACAUUGAAUGAAACAUAUGACAAUGUACGAGAUAUUCAACAGAAAGUUAUUUUUAUAAGGAAAGAUAUCACAAGUUUGAAAUAUGCGCUAGAUGAGAAACGGAGAAAAUUUGAAGCAGAAAAAGAAAUCCUGACUGCAGAGCUUGAAAAUGUUCAACUUCUGGUUCAGAAUCAGAACGCAGCAAAUGUUGAGAAGAAAAGAAAACUUGAUGAGAUGAAUAUGGAAUUGCAGAAAUUGAAUGAUAACUUGACAUACCAGAAAGUGGUGCAUGAAAAUCUGGAAAUGCAAAUAAAAGAUUUGGAUAAGAAUGAACUCAAUCUUCAAACAAAUUACAGUGAAGAUUUGGAACUAGCUGAACAACUAAAUGCUCAGAAGCAGUACCUUACUAAGGAACUAAGUAAACUACUGGAAAAUUUAAGAGAAGAAGCUGAAAGUCUGGACAUACAGAUCUUAAAGGCGAAGAAGAAUAAAGCAGAUGCUCAGUUGUUAAAUGAGGGACUUUUACAAACAAGUGAUUCACGUCAUGAAGCAUUGAAGAAAGCAAAGGAAUAUGAAUUAGAAACAAAAGUAAAUUUUCAGAAUAUGAAACAACGGUUAGAUGUAGUAAAAGAUUUACUUGCUGUGAAAGAAGGACGUGUGUCACAGAUAAGAAAGCAAAACCAGGAAUUUGAAGAAAAGAUAAUGUCUCUUCAAGAGAAGCACAAGGAUAAUAUGGAGUUUCUAAAUGGGGAGUUCCAAAAAUACAUGCACAAGUUUGAUAAAGAAGAACAACUACGAGGAGCUUUCCAAAAUAAAAGAGAAGCGAUCUCAAAAAAUAUUAUGCGCAUCAAAGCAACUACUGAGGAUUACCUAACCCACUUGAGUAUGCAUAUGAAGAUCUUGAAGAAGAAACGUGAAGGAUUGCUUCCGGAAAUUAAGAGACUACAGUUGGAGAUUAAUAUAUAUACUGAGAAGAUUGUGGCUCUUAAACGACAACUGGCAGAAGAAAAAGCAGCAUAUGGCAGCAAGGAAGAACAUUUGUUAGCAGAAUUCAAACAACUGAAGAAUGAAAUUGAAAAUUUAAAUAGAACUAUAAAGCAGGUGAAAGAGGAACUACAGAAAAAAAUAUCCAUCCAAAAGAUUCUGGAAUCCAUGCUUGCUGAAGAGUCAGCAGCUUGUGAUGAACUACAUAAAGAAUGUGAAGUUCAAAAAAAUGAGAAAAAUGAACUUGAUAAUGCAAUUACUCGGAUAAAGACAAAAACUGAAAUGAUCCUUUCAUCUAAGCAACAACUGAAGCGUUUGUUAGCUGCAAUACGAAACAGCCUCUAUCACCAAGUUAAAAGUACUGCUGAGCAAUUAAAAUUCAUGGAGGUAGAUAUAUAUGAAGCAAGUAGAAGACUUGAACAUGUUGAGAUAGAAAACUGCAAACUGAAACUGUGCAACUUCCAACUGGUGAGAGUCAUUGCCUCACUCAAUGAAGAUGGAGAAAAGCAAAACACAGCAAAGAACCAACAGGAUAGUGAACUACAAAUCAUCUAUGAUAAUCUUCUGAAUAGCUGGUCAUUGGAUGCUAGUGUCCAAAAGGAGUCUUUAGAAUGUGAACAGGAUGUACUAAAUACAAUACAGGAACUGAUGCGGAAAAUCUACCACAGAAUACAAACAGUUGGCUAUAUUAGUAAUCAGCUAAAACAGUACUUAAGUAAAUUGCAAUCCUUUGUGGGAGCCACACAUCCUACUGAAGAAAAGGGAAGAUGCAUGAUGAAACAAAUCACAUCACCUCAAUGACUUAACAUUAUAUAGGAUGACAAGGAAGCUGAAAUCUAUACUUUAUAUAAUCCACUGAAGUUAUGAGAUGUAUUCAACUUAUUGAAAUAAAAGUUUCUUAUCUGCAUUUUAAUGCUAUUUUAAUCAA